ACCACAUAUUUUCCCUUCAUUUUGAUUCAUAAAUGCAUUAGUAUGUCAGAUUUCGUUUUCUGUUAGUCAUUUAAGUGCCUAUCCUCAAUUAAUUUGUAAACCGAGUAAUCACUCCUUUGAACUUGAAAUUUGUUUAUUGUUAUUUUUUUCACUUGGAAUUAUCUAGGAUUGAGUUAAUAAUACUGUUAAAGUCCAUCUCUGUUACUUCAAAUUGUCCCGAUUUGUUCCAAAUGGGAUAAUUAUGGACUUGACAUCAAAAUUCGAUAUGCAUCUUCUAUUUGAAGGGUUUCUUAGAACAGUUGCUGGUUUGCAGUAGGUGAGCAUGCCUUUUUUGUAAUUGGAAGGUAAAACUUGGAUUAUGUGUGAUUUGAUUGAUGCUAUGGCAUUUUGUGGAGGCAAUCUAGUUUCCAUGUGUCGUUGGCUAGGUAUUGAGUGAUCUUUUUAUAGGAGUACAUCAAAAGUUUGUAAUUGUAUUAGCUUUCCUGUAUGGUUCGAUAAGAUGAUUAUAUCUGUUUUCGAGUUUCUGAUUAAAACUUAUAGUGAUACUCAUCAUUAAGUAAGUAAUAAUAGAAGCAUAUUUAUGACAUUUUUAUCCACUUUAUAAUCAUCUAGCAUGUUAAAUUUUGGAGGCAGAGAUUAGCCAUUGUAUAUUUUAACUUAUUAUUGCUAGCCUAUAAAACUCAUAUGAUUUUGACCUACUCGAGAGAUUAUUUCACUUAGGUGAUACUUAUUUUUUAUUUCCUUCUGUUCCUUUUUCCCCCUCUGGACCUUGUGUAAUUAUCUCUUCACGAUUUGGUGGAGGCUGCAAGGAAGAUUUCUGCCACAAUGUUACAGUGGAUGGGUGGGUCAAGGAGGAAAGUCUAUACUUCAAGAAGGUCAACACAGAAAAGGCAACAACAAUACUUUGAGCAAAGAAAACGGCAAGAGCAGCAGAAAAAAGAUGCAAGAGAGAGCUUCUUUGAGGAGAAAAUCCGAUGUAAUCAGCUAGAAAAGAGUAGUCAUUCACUGGAUAUUCGGAGUUUACUAAACUUAUCUACAGCUUCUGGGGAACAUAAGUCAAAUGUCCACUCAGCAAGGCAUAGUUAUGAGGGAAAUGCCUUUACUCCGCACAAUCAGAUGCUACAGCGUUCUUCGGUGAUUCAAACCAACGAAGUCAUCUCUGUUGGCUCUCUUCAACAAAAGGAAGGAACUUCACCAAGCUCCAAAGAUUAUGCUGCCUGCCCAAAGAAUACAUCAGUUGGGGCACCUGGAUGUCAUGCGAAAGCUUUGUACAACACUGAUGACAAACUGAAUCCACUGAUGAGCUCUACAGGCAUGCAGCUAUCUAUCAUUGAUAUACUUGGUGAUGAUGGACCGAACUGCGAGUUGGAAAGUUCAACUCAUGAAGGCCAUGUUGCAUUUUCGAUUGAAGGUUUAGGUAAAGUUGAAAUGUCUACACCAUUCCAUUCACCGCAGGUACAUCGCAGACCCUUAUCAUGUGGUAGGUCCUCACCCCCAAGGGCUAGGAGAAAAGCUCAUUCAUUUGACUACCUUAACAGAGGGACAAAUGGCAUUGAGCGUGAAUUGGAUAGCAUGAUGGUGGACGUAGAACUACCUUUUUGUACGAGUCCUUUAAACAGAUCCUCUUGCUCCAGGGGAACAGCAGAUUUACGUGGCAGCACGGAACAGGAGUUACUAGAUACCAAAUGGUUCUCCUCUAGUGAUAACAAUUUCACUGAUCUGUACACUUUUGAGAAUGAAGAAAUCUUCGGCAAAAGCAAGGAGAGUUCAAACACAAUUUGGAAUGAUUCCAGCUUUCAUGAAGAUUGUGGUUCACCACGCAGGAGCUACUUAUAUCAUUUUGAUGCUAGUUCCUCUGAUUUUUGGAAUAACCAAAGUUGUGGGAUGCAAGAAUUCAACUUUGAGGACUGUUAUUAUGGGAGUUCAUCCAAUUCUUUUAGUGCCAGAAAUUAUAGGAAGCAAGGCAGUUAUGCUGAUGACUUGUAUCAUCAGAAGCAAAGGAUCAGAACGAGAGCCAAAUCAGAAUUCAACAUAAUAGAUUCACCUACUCCCUAUUCCAAGCACUGUAAACCAGAGAUUAUCAGAGAUUUCAGUGUCUCAAAUGGAGAAUGGUUUUCCAUGGGAUGUACAAAUCCUCAUUUUAUGGAUUAUAUAGACCAUGCUGAGGGGACGCGGUUUGCAAAUGAAGAUGCAAGGGACAAUUCAAGUUUAUUGAGCGAAGAAUCAUCUUCGUCCACUGCAGUGGUGGGUGGCUUAGACAGACAACAAAAGAUGAACUCAAAUAAUAAAAGGAGAAGCCAGGAUAUAUCCGAUUGGAGCAAGGAGACCAAGUUGUGUGAGAAGUUAUUUGCUAAGGGAAAAAACUGCAACAGGAAUGAUAUUCAGCAAGGGAAAGAUAUGGAUGAGCCAACGGAGUUAUCAUGGCCACUGAACCAGUCAAGUGCAAAGGCAGCUCAUUACCAUCCUGCUUUCUAUGAGAAGAGGUCAGACCUGAACAAUGAUGGACUGAGGGAGGCUAGAAUUGAUCCAGGAGAGCCAAAUUCAAGAUCCAGAUCUUUCUUCCAAACUUCAAGGUCCAAAAAACAUGUAUCCACAUGUUCAGACUUAUCGAUUGGAGAUGCCCUUAGUGACCAGGAGCCUAAGUUACACACUGACCAACCGAACCUCAAAGGGUCUAUCAAAUAUCCUGGUGAAUAUGCUUCCUCAUGUUUUAUGUCUGAACCAAUGAUUUUUGAACUAGAUAGCCCCAGGUGCGCCUACCAGAACUUGUUUCAGGACCCCAAGAAGGGCUGUGGGUCUGAGGAUUCAUUGCAUGUUCUUGGUUCCCGGGGCACAGUUACAGGAAGUGUUGUAAGAGAUGUAGGUACGAGACCUGAUUUCCUGAGAGGUGGAGAUAAAGGUGUUGAUAUGCAGGCAUUUGAUAGCAGGCAAGUUGACCCAAAAACUGAAGUUUCUGGCCGGUGCAAGGGUUUGUCUUCAGGAAAGGAGAAGUCAUUGGAUGGAUCAGGUUCUGUCAAUAAGUGUAGUGUCUGUGAGGAACCAAAAGAAAAAACUCCAGAAGUGGACAGGACAAGAUUGUUUAACUAUUCUGAACGUGCAGAAGAAACAUCUUCAUCUGUAGAGAUAUCCACUGUAUUGAAGGGGAAUCAAGACAGUUCAGAUAAAAAUCAGGACAGUUCCAAUAAAAAUCAUGACACUCAAUCUGCACUUAGAUUUCAAGCAGGAGAUGGAGUUACAGAAGCAGACAGCAGGUCUCCAGUUACAGAAGCAGACCGCCAGUUACAAAGUCCCAGUGUUCCCCAAAAUGGUCAGGUUAUGAUGCUUGAAGCUGUGUCCUUCAAUUUUUACAUGUGCAGUUUUUGAAGGAAGCACAAGCAUAAAGAACUUAGACAACGGUACAAUACUCUUAUCAAGUUUAACUAGAUAAACAUUCUAAUUCAAAUAGUUUGGUCUUUUAGCAUUUGAUGGUCAUGUGUUUUCGCUACAGUUUACACGCAAGCUAUUUUGUGUUCUAGUGAUGCAUGACUGCUAUGACUAUUUAACGUUUAGAACCAGAUUUAUGUUCAGUUUUGAUGCAUGUGCGA